AUGAAUCCUAGAAUUGCAAUUUUAACACUUAAAACAGACAAUUUUGACAUGGUACUAAUUUACGCAUACGCACCAACAGAGGAUAAAGAUAAGAGGAAAAAAAGCUUUGAAGAUGCAUUCUUGGAGUUAAUCGCUGUUUUCCCAAAUGAAAUUGGUCACAUUUUUUCAGAUUAUGUUUUACAUAAUUACAUAGAGCCUGACUGUCCGUUCAAUACGAAAUUGUGGGCAAUGAAACUUUCGGAAAAUCCCAGGACUACCAAUGCCGCUGAAAGCUUUCAUAGAACAUUUAACAGCCAAUUUUACAGUUCUCAUCCAGCAAUAUAUAUUGUUAUUCAAACACUAAUAGAAACACAAUCAGAAACUUCAUUAAAAAUAGCAACGGUAGAACAGGGUAAAAAAAAGAAAUGCCAAUAA